AUGUACUCUGACGAUGAAGUCGACGACGGUGAGAACAAUCGAAGAGAUUCUGUGCUUGAAUUACAGAGAUUUCUUGAUCGGUCUCAUUUUUAUUUGGAACGUUUACCCGUGCUUAAAAUUGAAUUAAACGAUGUUGAUCGUAUAAAUCAACCAGAUGUGUACAUUGAAAAGCUAAACGAAAUCGGCAAUCUCAUUGUUGAUCUAUCGCAUAGUAUUCGCCAUACUCAACAAUUACACUCCCAAUUGGACGAAAAUGAAUACCUAACACUUGAUUAUCAGAUCCAUCGUCUUCUCAAAGAAACUGAACGCGAAAUGAGUGAAUUUCAUCGACUUCGCGAACAAUUCAAUCUAUCCAUGAAUGAAACAACACCAAAUCUCACUGACGAAACUGAUCAAUCAAAUGAAUUACAACAGCAACAAGUGACUGUUACCCGUGUUAACGAUUCCUAUGACUUAUUAGAACGCGACUUAGCUACGCUACGAGAAACGAUUGACGAAAUUGCAACACUUCUUGCUCGACAAGAACAGAUGAUCACAAGAAUGCAGCAGCUACGAGAUAUCGCUCAAGUUCGUGUUCACAACGCAUCCUUAUUCUUCCACAAUAUUAUUCACAAUCGUUAUAUGACAAUCACAUCCGGUGCUCUAAUUGGUGCUACUCUUGGCGGACCAGUUGGCUUUAUGAUGGGUAUUAAAGUUGGUGCACUUACUGCGCUGACUGGAUCAGCGGUUGGUGCUUUAUCAAUGGAUAUCAUGCGACAAAAAUUAGUCGAACACGAUGCACCACACCAUACGACGCCUGCUUUGGAUCAAGCAAUGCUCUGA